AUGAGUCCCACGCCGGCGGUCGACGAUCCGGGACAGAUUAAACGUGCCCUGAUUGAUGCUUCGGCCGGUGCGAUCUCUGGUGCUGUUUCUCGCACCGUUACUUCUCCGCUCGAUGUCAUUAAGAUUAGAUUUCAGGUUCAACUAGAGCCGACAACUUCAUGGUCCGUGGUCCGAGGAAACUUGACAGGAGCAUCUAAGUAUACUGGGAUGGUACAGGCAACUAAAGACAUUUUUAGAGAAGAAGGUUUUCGGGGUUUUUGGCGUGGUAAUGUGCCAGCUUUGCUCAUGGUCAUGCCAUAUACUUCAAUUCAGUUUACAGUACUACAUAAGUUGAAGUCUUUUGCAUCUGGUUCUACCAAAACAGAGGAUCAUAUACAUUUGAGCCCUUAUCUAUCCUUCGUCAGUGGAGCUUUAGCAGGAUGUGCUGCUACACUAGGAUCUUAUCCUUUUGAUCUUCUAAGGACCAUAUUGGCCUCUCAAGGGGAACCUAAGGUGUAUCCAACAAUGAGGUCUGCGUUCGUCGAUAUUAUUAAGUCUCGAGGCAUAAAAGGAUUGUAUAAUGGAUUAACACCAACACUGGUUGAGAUUGUGCCGUACGCUGGCCUGCAAUUUGGGACUUAUGAUAUGUUUAAGCGUUGGAUGAUGGAUUGGAACCGAUAUGUUUUAUCCUCCAAAAACCCGACCAACGUGGAUACCAACAUUUCCAGCUUCCAGCUUUUUGUUUGUGGGCUUGGGGCAGGCACUAGCGCAAAACUCGUCUGCCAUCCUCUUGAUGUUGUCAAAAAACGAUUCCAGAUUGAAGGUUUACAGAGACAUCCACGAUACGGAGCCAGACUUGAGCGACGUGCAUACAGAAACAUGUUAGACGGUCUAAAGCAGAUUAUGCUGGCGGAAGGGUGGCACGGUCUGUACAAAGGCAUUGUGCCUUCCACUGUGAAAGCUGCUCCUGCUGGUGCUGUCACCUUUGUGGCCUAUGAGUUCACCUCUGACUGGUUGGAAUCAAUUUCUUGGUAG